AUGUCCAACGAACAGAACCCUGGACUCCUCGGCGGCCUAGGCGAUACCUUGGGCAAGACAGUCGGCGGCGUCACAAACACACUAGGCGGCACAGUCGGCGGUCUCGGCUCAACCGUGGGCGACGCAACAUCUGGCCUGGGAAAUACCGUCUCGGGCGCCACAGAGGGCCUUGGGAAUACAACGAAGGGUGUAGGCCAGGGCGUACAAAGUGGUAUCUCCAGUGUUGGCGGAAAGCAGCAGACCGCGGAUAACCCUCUUGGGUUGAAUCAAUAG